UAAUGGGCGUCUUCUCAGACCUCAAGGACCGCAUCACCUCUUCAUCCUCCCCACCACGGCGGCUCGCUCGCCUCGCACCAGGAUUCCAGCCAGACGAAGACUACAACGAGAAACCGCCCUACACGAAUUAUACUAUCUCUGCUCAUGCCGCCCAGGCAUUCUUCGUCUUCCUCGCCAUGUGCUGUUUCGCAUCUACAGCCGCGUUCCAGGCUCAGUGGAAGGUUGGCCCUUCCUUCCUAUCCGGGUUCGCGAUAUUCGUUGCGGUCACAGCGCUCAUCCUCUCCAUCUACCUCCUCGUAGUACCCUUCGUAUACUGGAAAUACGACCGACUCAAAGCCCUCGCCCGGCCGCUGAACGAGAUCCGCGUCAAGCUCAUCCUCAACGUUGCGGGUACAAUCUGGCUCUUGCUAAUCAGCUUCAUAACCACCAUCUCAGCCUGGACAGAACCGGGGUGCAAAGACCCUACGCAAGACCCACACGCUUCCCUGGGAAAAGACUUCCAGUCCUCCCUCUCCGGAUGGUGCACAACGAAAAAAGCCGGCGCAGCCUUCUUCUGGAUGUGCUUCGUCGGAUGGGUCGUCUCCCUCUCCCUAGCCCUACUAGAAUGGCGCAAGACCAAGGGCUUGAGACCUAAAGACCCCCCGUUCGCACCCCCGGUAGGCACGUUACCGGAAGAAGAAGCGUUCGAUGCUCGAGACGCCGAAGAUGAGCUAAGCGGCAAGCCCUCCUUCACCCCCUCAGACCGUCAUUCAAGGACAGACGAAGAGGACGCUAUCUCCCCAUUCCAUGACCAGGCCUAUCAGCCCAGUUUGGGAAGGUACGACCCGCCUGCAAGACCCAGUAUGGACACGUACGGCGCCUUUUCCGACCCGGCGCCCACGGGGUACGCACCACCUGCGCAGGGGGUCAGCAGGACGAUGCAGUAUGCGGACCCGUAUGCCGCUAUUAGGCAUAAUCUUGGUGGGGAACCGCAGGGGCAAGCAGGGGUGCAGAUGCCGAUGCCUGGACCACCCGUGCCUCCCAGUUAUGAGUCGUAUCGCUGACCGCUCCCAGCGGUGCAAGCGGUGGGAGACGUAGAUGAGAUGAGAUUAUAUGAGAUGGACUGAGCUUGUUUUCUUGAUACUUGCCGAGAUAUAUUACCCUAGC